ACAGAGUUGACUGAAGAAAAUGAGGAGAAUGAAGAAUUGAGUGAAGCUGAGGGAAAAAAUCACUUCAAAACUGGAAAAAAACCUUUGAGUUGCUCUCAAACUCAGAAAGAUUUAAAGAAAAGAAGAGCCAAGAAAUCUUUCACCUGCACUCAGUGUGGAAAGAGAUGGACAUGCAAACAUCAUCUUAAACUUCACAUGAGAGUUCAUACUGGAGAGAAACCGUACGCAUGUGAUCAGUGCGGGAAGAGUUUCUCACAUUCAUCAAGCCUUAAGCAUCACAUGAACAUCCAAACUGGAGAGAAACUGCACACAUGUGAUCAGUGCGGGAAAACAUUUGUAAGAGCUUCACACCUGAAGCAGCACCUGAGAGUUCAUACAAAGGAGAAACCACAUUCAUGUUAUUUGUGUGGAAAGAGUUUUUCAUCACUACAGAGUUUGAAAGAACAUCAGAAAACACAUACUGGUGUGAGAGAGUACAUGUGCUUUGAGUGUGAGAAGACUUUUACUACAGCGAGCAGUUUAAAACGGCAUGAGAGGAUCCACACUGGAGAGAAACCACACACAUGUGAUCAGUGCGGGAAGAGAUUCACACAAUCAUCAAACUUUAAUUUGAAAGAACAUCAGAAAAUACAUACUGGUGUGAGAAAGUACAUGUGCUUUGAGUGUGAGAAGACUUUUACUUUAAUGAGCCAUUUAAAACUGCAUGAGAUGAUUCACACUGGAGAGAAACCUUACAAGUGUUCACACUGUGACAAGAGAUUCAGUCAGUCAUCAGCUCUGAAAACACACGAGAGGAUCCACACUAGAGAGAAACCGUAUCACUGCACUGCAUGUGGGAAGCGUUUCAAUAAUUCAUAU